UCUAUCGGCCAUGGGGCCCCACAUUCCUCUCCUCGUUCUCUUUCUUCUGCUCCUUCCCAGGCCCCUUCAGGGACAGCAGCAGCACCUCGUGGAGUACAUGGAGCGCCGGCUGGCUGCCCUAGAGGAGCGGCUGGCCCAGUGUCAGGACCAGAGCGUCCGACAUUCUUCUGAGCUUCGGGACUUCAAGAACAAAAUGUUACCACUGCUUGAGGCAGCAGAAAAGGAACGGGAAACCCUCAGGUCUGAGGCUGACAACAUUGCAGGCAGGGUAGAUCGCUUAGAGCGGGAAGUUGACUAUCUAGAAACCCAGAACCCUGCCCCACCUUGUGUAGAGGUGGAUGAAAAAGCAGCAGGAGGACCUGGGGUCAAGACCAAAGGCAGAAGGAAUGAGAAGUAUGAUCUUCUGACAGAAUGUAGUCACACAAUCUCCCUGGUAAGAUCCAUGAAGAUUUUAAAGCGUUUUGGGAGCCCAGCAGGAAUGUGGACCAAGGACCCACUGGGGCCAUCGGAGAAGAUCUUUGUGCUUGAUGGGACCCAGAAUGACACAGCCUAUGUCUUUCCACGCUUACGUGACUUUACCCUCUCAACAGCUGCCCGUAAAGCUUCUCGUGUCCGGCUGCCCUACCCCUGGGUGGGCACUGGGCAACUGGUAUAUGGAGGAUUCCUCUAUUAUGCCCGAAGGCCCCCAGGGGGACCAGGUGGAGGAGAGGACCGAGGGGACAUGUUGCAGCUCAUCAAAUUCCAUUUGGUGAACCGGACUGUGGUGGACAGUUCUGUGUUCCCUGCUGAGGGGCUGAUCCCUCCCUAUGGACUCUCUAAGGAUACAUACAUCGACCUGGCAGCAGAUGAGGAGGGACUGUGGGCUGUCUAUGCCACCCAGGAAGAUGACAGGCAUUUGUCCCUGGCCAAGCUGGAUCCCCAGACUCUGGACACAGAGCAGCAGUGGGACACUCCCUGCCCAAGGGAAAACGCAGAGGCUGCCUUUGUUAUCUGUGGGGCCCUUUAUGUGGUCUAUAACACCCGUCCUGCCAGCCGGGCCCGCAUCCAGUGUUCCUUUGAUGCCAGUGGCACUCUAUCUCCAGAGCAGGCAGCACAUCCUUACUUCCCCCGUCGUUAUGGAGCUCACGCCAGCCUCAGGUACAACCCCCGAGAGCGCCAACUCUACGCUUGGGAUGAUGGCUACCAGAUUGUCUACAAACUGGAGAUGAAGAAGAAAGAAGAAGAAGUCUGAGAGACUUUCCCUCCCAUCAACUUUGUCUCACUUAGUUCUCUGUUCCCCAGUCUCCAGAGUCUUCAAAAUUGGGUAAAUUGUAGUUGAAUCCUCAUCUUUUAUGCUGCUCAGUGCCAAACACUCACAGCCCUUGGUUUGUCAGGGGACAUGGGGCACCAGAGCCUUGAAUGUUCCAGUUAUAGCUGGUAGGAUAAAAAUCCCGUGCCUAGUAUUCAUCCUAGCUUGGAUCCCUAGCUCCAUCUCUUCAUAUUUCAAGCUAAUCCAGGCAGAAGGCAGUCCAGAGAGCUCUAGACCCCAAUGGUGGGAGUAGGGGAGACGUGGACAGGGAAGAAAGAGCAGAGACCCUAGUGGGCAGUGGGAAGCAAGCGCAUGACUUCAUGCUCUCAGUGUUAAGGCUGUGUAAUUGGGAGGGGGCAGGUGUGAGGUGCGAAACCCCACAAUUCUAUUACGUCACCAUACCUUCCUUCUGCCUUGCCACCCUCACCUUCCCCCUACCCUUGGAGAACUGAAAUUCUCUUAAUGUUGUUUCAUGUUGCAGUAUUUUGCAUUAAA